AUGGAGGCUUCUACCCAGAUUUCAGAAGAAGGGUUGGGAGGUGAGUUUGACCUCAAAAGGGCAGUAUUAGAAAUUGUGAGAGUAAAGUCAAAGGUGCAGUGGAAACUGCACCAGAAAGUUGGAGAUACCAGGAACAUGGAAUGUCUGCUGAGGAAUCCACAGGUACGUAUAGCAGCAAAAUUCAUCAUUCAUGCCCCUCCUGGAGAGUUUAAUGAGGUUUUUAAUGAUGUUCGAUUACUGCUUAAUAAUGAUAAUCUCCUCAGAGAGGGAGCAGCCCAUGCAUUUGCACAGUAUAACUUGGAUCAGUUUACUCCAGUAAAAAUUGAAGGUUAUGAAGAUCAGGUAUUGAUAACAGAACAUGGCGAUUUGGGAAAUGGAAAGUUUUUGGAUCCAAAAAACAGAAUCUCUUUCAAAUUUGAUCACUUAAGAAAGGAAGCAACUGAUCCAAGACUCUACGAAGCAGAAAAUGCAAUUGAAUCAUGGAGAACUUCUGUAGAAACUGCACUGCGAGCAUAUGUAAAAGAACAUUACCCAAAUGGGGUCUGCACUGUAUAUGGUAAAAAGAUAGAUGGACAGCAAACCAUUAUUGCAUGCAUAGAAAGCCAUCAGUUCCAAGCAAAAAACUUUUGGAAUGGUCGUUGGAGGUCAGAGUGGAAGUUUACAAUCACACCUUCAACCACUCAGGUGGUUGGCAUCUUGAAAAUUCAGGUUCAUUAUUAUGAAGAUGGAAAUGUUCAGCUAGUGAGUCAUAAAGAUAUACAAGAUUCCCUAACAGUGUCUAAUGAAGUCCAAACAGCAAAAGAAUUUAUAAAGAUUGUAGAAGCUGCAGAAAAUGAAUACCAGACUGCCAUCAGUGAGAAUUAUCAGACAAUGUCGGACACUACUUUCAAGGCCUUACGUCGACAGUUGCCAGUUACACGUACUAAGAUUGAUUGGAACAAGAUCCUUAGCUACAAGAUUGGCAAAGAAAUGCAGAAUGCAUAAGAUGAACAUUGCAUGUCCAGAUCAUUUUAGUAAUCUUUACGUUUAAAAAUUAUUGCAAAAGUGUUGAGAACUGUCAAGCUGCCCAGUCACAUGGGCUAUUGCCACUUAAAAUCAGUGUAAUUAAUUAGUUUGGUUAGAGCACAAAAGUUAGCUAAUCAACCAUUAUUUACUUUUUUUUGAAGAGGAUUGAAAAAAAUGAGUUUAGUUUAAAUGUCUUUUACUUUCUGUUUUUCCUUUCUUUUUUAAAAUGAAGAGUUGAUUCCUCUAGUUUAUGGUUAAAAUUUUUGAAGUAUUACAAAAAUAUUUUACUUAGUAUAACCCUAAAAUUAUUGUCUUUUGGCUUAUUAAAUGGGUAACUUUUGAUAUUAGCCCAAUCCUUUUUAAUGGGGUCAGUAAUAGACAUUGUAGAUUAAGGUGGUUGUGGAUUUAGCCAUAUAUGCUGCUAAAGAAAUUGUCUACCUUUUCCCCUUCACCUCUUCCACUUAUGUAAGAUUGAGAUUAGAGGGAAAGCAUUUUCUACAUCAAUUGUGUUUGAACUUUUCAGUAAGGUUAUUUAGCUAGCUUAGUGUUUAACUAAACUUUUUUUAAAACAAGGCCAGGGUCUAUUGCUGUUUUGAGAUUCUGAAAUGAAAUGAAAAUACUUAUCUCAUAAAUGCAUUUAAUGCUUUUUUUUCUUGUGACAGUUAUGCAAAUUAGCUUGAAUUCCAUAUGUCCUUGAGUUAUUUUUAUCAUAAAUCCACAAAUAUAACAAUGCAAAUUGUAAUAUAUGUAAUCCUGAACUCAUGACCAUGUCUCAGUUUAUUUUUUCCCUUGGUUUGAAAUGUACUGAAAUUUAGUGUAACAUUAAAAUGCAAACUUUCCUAUUUACUUGAGUAGAAAAAUCACUUAACAGUGAGUCAUAUACUAUUUUAAAAUACUUUCUUUGGAUAUUGUAAUUCUUAACUGGUUGUAAAUUAGGAAAGCUGAGAGUACAUAUGGUGUGUAGUCACAGUCUAAGUAAGUCUUUCCAUCUUCCUAUGCAUCAUAAGCAUGUCUAUAAUAUUUUUAAAAAUAGAUAUAUUGAUACUACAGGAAUUUCAAACCUGUAGUGAGUGUUAGUAUUUACUAUAAGGAGUUGGGUGGAUUUAUGGUUUCAUUCAAUAGCGUUUUGCUUCUUAUACUUGAGUGAAAUCUCUUCCUCAACAUACUCCUGCAGACAUCUGGGCCUGGAAAUUUUUUUUAAACACCACUUUUAUUAAGUACAAUAAAAUAUUUCAUUAGCUUGAAUUGUAUAGAUUUUCUAAAAUUCAGUGAAAGCAUGUUUAAUUUCUUUUUAAAAAUCACCAUUGAGCUUUGAAAGCGUUGAGAAUAUAAUCUGAAAUUAUAACAUCUUUGACUAAAUCAUUUAUCUUUAGUUUUACAAGUUGUGUGUAUUGGGAUUCCUAAGGAAAGUGAAUUGAUACAUGAAUUAUCUGUUUACUUUUUAAAAGACAUAUUCAAAUGUUUGAUGAUAAUUCUGAACUAAAUGCUGGAUAAGUCUGGAAUUGAUCAGUUGUGUCAAUUGGGCUUUCAUGGGUUUAUAUUCCACAAGGGGGAAUUCCUUUGGCUUGGUUUUAUAAUUUAGAAUACAUGCUUGAAGAUGUAUGCAAAUGUUUUUACAAUUUGCAUGUUGUCAAAAUUUAUCAAAAGUAAUUUAGAACUCAUGACAAAAUGGUUGUAUAAUAGACUAGUCUUUUAUAGUCCUUUUUUAGUUUAUGAAUAACAUUUUAUUAAAGGAAAAAAGGAAACCCCAAAGUAUCCUGAAGCUCAGGACAUUCUUUUAAUAGGAAGCCUAAUAGUUCUUGUGUUGAAUAGGCUGAAGUUAAGAGGCAAGGGCAGAAUCAGGAGGAGAGUAUUAUAGUAGUCCAAUUAAAAGAGAAUAAUGGCAUGAAUGAAGGUGGUAGGUAAGGAGAUAGUAAACCAGUAGGUAAAGCUCAGCAAGACUUGCUAAGAGUUGUGGAACAUGAUAUAAAGAGAACUGUUAAGGAAUGUGAAACGUGAGAUAUAGACUUGUGUUGGAAGAUUAUACAAGAAGCAAGUAGGUGAUUGGGAAUAGGGGUCUGGUCGGAGGUCAGUUUCAGAUUUCAUUGUGAAAUAUUAUAGCAGGUAGAUACAGGAAAUAGAAUGUUCUAGCGUAGAAGAACGGGAAAGUGAACGAGCCUGGGAAGGUUUGAUAGCCAGAAAAAUGGACAACUUCUCUAGACUGGUGCUGAUUUAGAGUGACACCAGGGCGUGCAUAUGUAUGUAUGUGUAUAUGUAUAUAUAUAAUAUAAGACAUGAGAGGAGGGAAGAGAUAGUUGAAAAUGUGGUACAGUCAGUGGAUUAUAGGUAUGUUCAAUUAAGCUAAAAAGAAUGAACUACAAUGUAGGGAAGUAGUGGUGAGUGCGAUGUACUUAAAAUUGAGAUUUCUAAGAGAGUUAUUAGCACUAACAACAAGUAUGACAGUGACUGGCUGAAGGAACAGAAUAGAGGAGUGCAAACAACAUGAAUCUUAAAAUUGGAAAGACAUCUCUGAAAUUGAAAGAUAGAAUAGGCGGAGGCAGGAGGAUCACAAAUUCAAGCUCAGUGUGGGCAACUGAAUGACCUAACAGGACCCUAUUUCAAUAUAAAAACAAAACCGAAAAAAGACCUGGGAUGUAGCUCAGCAUGCAGGUCCUGGGUUCAAUCCCUAAACAAAAAAAUAAUAAUUCUGAUAGAAGCGUUUUGACAUGAGAGCUUUUCCCCAAGACUAUGGAGAUGUUCUUGUAUACAGACUGGCAAUAGUGUUACAUUCCUAGUAAAUCCAUUAUAAAUUGAAAGUAUUAACAGCCAAAAGUGCAUGAUACACAAAUACACAAACUUUCAACAUCAUAGCCUCACCAUCUCAAGCAUACUCAACAUUUACAUUAGGUUACACUUGGCCUAAGUCAUCUAACACAAGUGUAUUUUGUAAUAAAAAAUUGCAUAUCAUAUAAUUAUUGAAUUCUAAAAGAGAAAAACAAUGGUUAUAUAGGUACAUUUUUACACUUUUGAAGUCAUAAAUUGGGGAAAACUUGUACUUGGAUAUACUAUAUUCUGAUUACAUUUUUAUGACAUAAAUAUGUAUACAAAUGUUUGUCGGGCUUUUCCUUAUUGGAGGUUUUAGAAACUAAAGUAGGAACAAGAGCUUUAAAAGAAAAUUGUCCUGAAAGUUCUGGUUCAUUAUACAAUCUUCCCCAAAAGGGGUAUUCUCAGGAAAGCUAAUUAAGAAUACCUAUUGAUAAUUUUAUAUCAUUUGAGUGUCAUUGAGUAGCCCUUUCUGUGUUUAAAGUUUGACUUUUUAAUAACCAUAUCAAAAGCUUUCAAAUAAUGGACAGUCCUUUCAGAAGAUCUUUCAUACCAGAUCAUAAGUCUGUGCCCUUGCAAACUAGUGUGUUUAAAUCUAUAAA